AUGCUUGAGCAAGACGCAGGGGGUGAGGCCCAUAAAGAGGCACUCUCGGGGCCGGCUCGCUCAUGCGGUACCACAAGCUCUGAUUACACAGGUUGCAGAAAUUUCACGACGAUAACUUCAUUGCGGGCCAGCGGCGGGCAGAGCGGCAAGAUGAGGCCCGAGUCGUCAAUGUACACUGACGGGUUUCUGACACUCGGCUCUCUUUCAUGGCCUAGCAAACAAUUACCCAGGUAUGAAGCUGCUGAACGGCUCAGCAACUCAUGUAUUACAGGCAGGACAACUGCCGUCCCCAGAGCAGCCUUGAAACCUCGUCUUCGGUUGUUCCGACUGAUGAGCGUCAGGGGUGCAAAACAAGACCUCGGGAGACUCGGCGGUCCGAAAAGACGCGGGCAUGAUCGGCGGGCAAGGGAGAUCUACGCCGCCCGGGAUCACAGCUGUUGUGCACCCAGGCCCCCUGAAGACCCAUUCCUGAUACACCUCUGGAAGAUGGCAGUGGAUGUGGCCCGCAGCGAUGGAGCCUCAUCGUUGGUGGCUAGCGACCGUCUUAUUGCCGAUCACUAA